CAUUCCUACGCAACAUUGAUAGUCAAAUACAACCGCUUGCGCACUGUCUUGUUUCUCUCCUCUGCCUACGUUACCUCACAAGCACCAUGGGCCGUGAUCCACUGAUUGGAUUGGUCGGUAAGCCGUCCUCAGGCAAGAGCACGACGCUCAAUAGUUUGACCGACGCGUCGAGCAAAGUAGGCAACUUUCCAUUCACAACUAUCGAUCCUCAGCGCGCGAUAGGCUAUCUCCAAAUACCUUGCGCUUGCGCGCGAUACGAUCUCUCUGCUCACUGCCGCCCGAACUACGGGUCCUGCGUUGAUGGCCGGCGUAGCGUGCCCAUUGAGCUUCUCGAUGUUGCGGGACUGGUACCUGGCGCACACGAAGGUAGAGGACUGGGGAAUAAGUUCUUGGACGACCUGCGACAUGCGGACGCGCUUAUACAUGUUGUCGAUGUGAGCGGUUGUACGGAUGAGGAGGGCAAGGCAACCAGGGGAUAUGAUCCGAGUAAUGACAUUGUGUGGUUGAGGAGCGAGAUUGUCAGCUGGGUGCUGGGGAAUCUGAUGGAGAAAUGGGGAAGCAUAAAACGACGGCACAUCGCAGUGAAAGCGACAGCGGUCGAAACUCUCCAGAACCAAUUCUCGGGUUACGGCAGCACAUCCAAGAUCGUCGCCCGCACCCUCGACAAGCUCGCCCUGAAAGAGCCCCUUCAAGACUGGAGCAACGCAACCGUCGAAACGGUGGUGAACGCCUUCAUCGACGAGAAAUUCCCCACCGUCAUCGCACUCAACAAGAUCGACCACCCCGACGCAGACAAGAACAUUGCCAAAAUCGCAAAAACCCAGCCGCCCGAGACAAUCGUGCUGUGCAGCGCCAUAUCCGAAGUCUUCCUGCGCAGACUGGCCAAGCAGGGCUUCGUAAAGUACACCGAGGGCAGCGAGUUCGUCGACACGCGCGACGACCUGCUCGAGAGCGGCGAGGACGACGGCGGCGGCCUCAAGGAGAUGGACGAGAAGCUCAAGCAGCGCAUCGAGAAUCUCAAGGACAUGGUCCUGUACCGCUUUGGCAGCACGGGCGUGGUGCAGCUGCUCACGCGCGCCGCGGAUUUGCUCGGUCUGGUCCCCGUCUUUCCCGUGCGCAACGUGCAUAGCUUUGGCGCUGCGGCGUCGGGGGGCAAGGAGGCGGUGUUUCGCGACUGUGUGCUUGUGGGCAGGGGUAGUACGGUGGGCGAUGUGUAUAGGAAGGUCAUGGGCGAUGCGCCGAUGGCGUAUGUCGAGACGGCUGGCGGGCAGCGCGUGGCUGAGGAUGAUGUUGUUGUUGUGGGCAAGAACGACAUAUUAUCGUUCAAAGUCGGACGAGCGUAGGAUGCAUAGAUGGCGAUACGUGUGAUGAGAUUUGAAUAAAAGAGAUAAUAGAAGAGGAUACCUCCCCGGGUUUCGACUAUACCC